UUGGAAGGAUCAUAAACGUCUGGCCAGCUUGGUUUGGCCACCUGGAUCAGACCAGGCUCUGAGAAGCAAUGGUGAUGAGGGCUUUUGUCCUGUUGGCCAUCUUUGUGGAAGCCUCUGCAAGAUCGUGCACUCCGAAUAAAGCAGAUGUCAUUCUUGUCUUUUGUUAUCCCAAAACCAUCAUCACCAAAAUCCCCGAAUGUCCCUAUGGAUGGGAAGUGCACCAGCUGGCUCUUGGAGGGCUGUGUUACAACGGGGUCCAUGAAGGAGGUUACUACCAAUUCGUAAUCCCAGAUUUAUCACCUAAAAACAAGUCCUACUGUGGAACCCAGUCUGAGUACAAGCCCCCCAUCUACCAUUUCUACAGCCACAUUGUUUCCAACGACAGCACAGUGAUCGUAAAGAACCAGCCUGUAAACUACUCCUUCUCCUGCACCUACCACUCCACCUACUUGGUGAACCAGGCUGCCUUUGACCAGAGAGUGGCCACUGUUCAUGUGAAGAACGGGAGCAUGGGCACAUUUGAAAGUCAAUUGUCUCUCAACUUCUACACUAAUGCCAAGUUCUCCACCAAGAAGGAAGCCCCCUUUGUUCUGGAGACAUCCGAAAUUGGUUCAGAUCUGUUUGCAGGAGUAGAAGCCAAAGGGUUAAGCAUCAGGUUUAAAGUGGUGUUGAACAGCUGUUGGGCCACACCCUCGGCUGACUUCAUGUAUCCCUUGCAGUGGCAGCUGAUCAACAAAGGCUGCCCCACAGAUGAAACGGUCCUUGUGCAUGAGAAUGGGAAAGACCACAGGGCGACCUUCCAGUUCAACGCUUUCCGGUUCCAGAACAUCCCCAAACUCUCCAAGGUUUGGCUACACUGUGAGACGUUCAUCUGUGACAGUGAGAAGCUCUCCUGCCCAGUGAACUGCGACAAACGGAAGCGCCUUCUGCGGGACCAGACAGGUGGCGUCCUGGUGGUGGAGCUCUCUCUGCGGAGCAGGGGAUAUUCCAGUCUCUAUAGCUUCUCAGAUGUUCUCUCCCACCUCGUCGUGAUGCUGGGGAUGUGUGCUGUCCUCUAGGACUUAGCAGGCAGGCAGCUGCAGCUCCUCCACCCAAGGGCGUCUGCGGCCAAUGACGGGCUCAUGUUUAUUGUGCUGCCAAAUAGAACUCUCAGAAGCCCACAGUGUCGGGAAGCAGAGACCAGUGCUUUGCCAAGUACGUGUUCCAAUGAUCUUUGCGAAUUCGGUGAUCCUUUUUCUUCCGUG